CACUUCACUGCGCUUACUUCACUGGAAGUAAGCACUGUUGAAUAACAUGGCACUUACAUCUGAGUAGACCUGUUUAGGAUUGUUCCCCCACAUACUGUGUACCUUUCAACUACUCUGCUCUUUCAAAAACAAUCGUGCCUGCCCUCACAGCAAAAGGAAAACUUAUGGGGAAAAUAUAGGUCUGUUGGGGGGCAGAAUUCAGCGUAAGAUUCUGUCUGCCUGCCCACUUACACUCGGGCAAUGGAGAAGUUCGGUAGCGAGAACACCCUGUUUUGCAGAGGAACACUGAGCAUCAAAAGGAAGGAUUUGGAUUCACCCCUUAUUGUGGGAACAAAGAACAAGGAAACAUGAAACCAACAAGCAACAGCAAAAUGCAAAGUUAUCCAUCUGUGAUAGGAUCUUUCAUUCUGGAAUUGCCAAGUUUUCCAAAGUGUCCAGUCCAAGUAUACAGAAUCUACCAGAUCACUUCUCUACGAAUUUGCUGACUUCCUGUGAAUUCUAAAAGUAAAAUGACAGCUAGCCUUACCAUGUUCAACAUCGAUGCCCCUCGCUGGGACCAAAGCACCUUCAUGGGGCGCCUGAAGCACUUUUUCAACAUCACGGACCCAAGGACUCUGCUGGUAUCGGAGCAUGAGCUGGACAGAGCAAAGGCAUUAGUGCAGAGCUGCAGGGCAGGUAUGGUGCCCCCAGGAACUAGCCAAGAACAGCUUUUCUAUGCCAAGAAGCUUUAUGACUCUGCCUUCCAUCCUGACUCUGGAGAGAAGAUGAAUUUGAUAGGGAGGAUGUCGUUUCAAGUUCCUGGAGGGAUGGCUAUCACUGGCUUUAUGCUGCAGUUUUACAGGACAGUUCCAGCUGUUGUUUUCUGGCAGUGGGUAAACCAGUCCUUCAAUGCCAUUGUGAACUACACCAACCGGAAUGCUGCUAGCCCCAUCUCCGUUAAGCAAAUUGGAAUUGCUUAUGUCACUGCUACCAGCACUGCCUUGGCAACCGCUGUGGGACUCAACCUUUACACUAAGAGAGCUCCAUCCCUUGUGGCACGCUGGGUCCCCUUUGCAGCAGUGGCUGCUGCCAACUGCGUGAAUAUCCCUUUGAUGAGGCAGCAGGAACUCAUUAAUGGGAUCACAGUGACUGAUGAGAAUGACAACCGUCUGGGUGAGUCCAGGAGAGCUGCGGUCAAGGGGAUAACCCAAGUGGUGAUUUCCCGUGUUACUAUGGCUGCUCCUGGCAUGAUUUUGUUGCCCAUCAUCAUGGAAAAACUAGAAAAAUACCCCUUCAUGAAGAAAAUCCAGGUUCUUCAUGCUCCAUUGCAAAUAAUACUUGUUGGGGGAUUCCUUGUGUUCAUGGUUCCAUUUGCCUGUGCACUCUUCCCACAAAGGAGUUCAAUUGCUCUUUCACAUCUGGAGCCUGAUCUCAGAGUGUCUGUUGUGGCCCAACAUGGGGACAAAGUGCCACAUGUCUAUUUUAACAAAGGCUUGUGAAUAGAGCUUCUGUCCCAGAAUGGGCUGGAUCUGCUCGGCAUCUCACCUCAAGUCUUUACCCUGGAGAAGCCCCUGAUGGGAUGUGGUCUACAAAUGAGCUCGAGAUACUCCAGAAAGAGCAACAAUUUACCCUCCAUUCCCCUGUUCCCAUUUCUUUGGGGCAAGGUGUAUAGUUGGGCAAAUAUGUAAGAGGUUUAGCCUUGGAUCUCUUUUUUGCAGCCCCACUUCUCUGCCACGAAAUGGAUUUGGGCUUCGGUCUGAACUAAUAUCCUGUGCUGACCUUUUGCCUGGUCAGAAAUGGAACUAUAACCUUAAAUUCCCAAGUGCUUUUUGACCACGUAGGGCUCUUCCUCUCAGGUCUGAAGUUCAUACCUCAGUGUCUUGCCUGCUUCAAGAAAGUAUGUUUCCGAUCACCUGAUAUCGUCCCCUGGAGUCCACUCUGCACCCAGAAACGUGGUCUUAAAUCUGUGUAUGGUGUGAAAAAUCAGGUAGAUCACAAAGGAAUAGAAUAUUUCUACUAACGUUAGAAAAUCCAAAAGGGGAUUUAAACUCUUCUUGAACUUCUUGUAAAGCCCCUACUUGUAUUCAAGUACACAGAAGGCCAACAUAUACUUCAUAUUGCCCACAGGUGAUUGAAAUAUUCUGAUCUAAGUACCUACUGCUUAGUUUAUUGACACUGAAACUAAUUGCAGAGUUUAUUCAGAACAGUGCUGUACCUGAGCUGAUAACUGCCUCAAUUCUGAUGUCUUACAAGUAAACCUUAUAGAAGUUUAGAUUUCAUUUCUAAUUUAACUUAUAGCCGCACAACAUAUGGCUCAUGGGCCUCGUGUGUCCUGAAUAAAGAUACAUUGUGUGGCCCGCAGUCCUUUCCAAUGACGUUUGAGGAAGGAAGGUGCCAGCACAGUGACAUUCCCCCUCCCCUUGGAGGAAUGGUCAGAAUGCUGACUUUCAACCCAGACUCUGAGAAACUGUAACUGUAAUGCUAGACAGCUUGAAUAACUUGCCGAAACAGCUGGCAUUCACUACUGCUUUCUUCCUUAGCAAAAGAGUCCAGUAGCAUCUUUAAGACUAAUCAACUUGAUUGUAGCAUAAGCUUUCGAGAACUACAGCUCUCUUCAUCAGACACAUGGAGGUUAUGAGGAAACUUCAGAGAUAUAUAGGUGGUGAGGGGAGGGGGGAGGGGGUGCAGGGAGUGAGGGUCAUGUAAAUGUAAAUCAUGUAAAAAGUCAUGAAAGAGGUGGAGUGUAUAAUCCAGGCUAGGCGUGGCCCCUUAGCAAGUGUAGCUGAGUCCAGGAGCAGUUUGCCUUAAAUGAUAGUAGCAUUGUUUAGGAAAUUAUAGUGCAGGUGAAAAUGGACCAAACCACAGCAAACUGGCAAUCAGUUGUUUCAAAUUGGAAAAAGGAGAAUUAACUUUGACCAGCUCAAAUAGAGCAUUCACAGGAACAGUGCCUCGGUGCCUUUAGCCAUGCUCUCCCAAUGGGGAAAGGCUUAUAGUCUUGGAGUUGUAGCAUAGUGGCCAAGAGAAUGGUCUGAGAUCCAGGAGGUGGCUGGUUCAAAUCUCAUUUCUGCCACAAACUCAUUUGGUGGCCCUAGGUAAAGCAUUCUCUUCAUCUCCCACCCCCAACACGUGGGUAAUAUUACUGGCCUGCCAUACAUGCCUGUUGUAAGGUUUACUGUGAUAAUGUACAUGAAGUGCUUUUAACACUGAAAGUGCUGUGUAAAUGUUAAGUAUUAUUACUAGUCAGGCAUAUUCUCUCCCACUCACAGGCCUCCCCACGUAUUCCUCCCAUCUAUACGCCUCCAUUCUUUGUGCAUCUUGCAACUGGGUUUUUCUAGUGGGUGCAGUGCCUUCUUUUCAGAAGGCAUUUGCUAUGUUUGUCCAAGACCAAAUUUUUUCUUAGGUGGUUUCCCCAUGGGACCAGGCUUGUGUAGUUUUCCUGUUGCUGACGGGGCUGCCCUGCAGUUUCCCUACCCCAGGCCCCCAGCAGCAGCCAUCGCUGCUCCCCAGGCCACUGGGGCUUUUUCAUUUUUUCCCAGUCAUUUCUGAACGAGUACUCCUUGGAGAUCCAAAGAGAAUGCCUGAGGGGGUCUUUUGAACCAGUGAUGUAGAAGAAAGCCAGGACUGGCUCUGAUUUGGGGAAGAAGGAAGUGGGUACCAGGAAGCACACUGCCAGGCAUCACAUUGGGGACCACCAAUAUAAGCUGUGGGUUGGAUCCAGCAAAGGAAAAAGAACUCUUAGUAUCGUUCUACUUGUGGAGGGGCUUGCACAAGAUCUUGUGCAACAUCUCUGUCUCCCAUCCUAGUUUGCUCAUAUUCAAUAACAUACAACCAUCUCCUCCCUCUCCCAUAAUCUACCAUGAGGAGCUAUUUUGAAAGUGAAAAAGCUUUUAAGAUCACUUCCUGAAACUUCAUUGUUGGUUGAGCGAUAUCUUCUUUAAGCGGAAAUGCAAGUGUAGAUACAAUAAGUUUUACUUAAUGCAAGAGGCUACGACUGUAUGUGUUUCCCCUUGAGCAAGAGCUGUAGCAUAAGCAGACAUUUUGUGCUGGAUCCAUCUCAUCUCUAAUGUGGUCUGCUGUCAAUGAGUAACUGCCUAAUCAAAGUCAUGUCAGAGAAGUGACUGGAAACAGGAUAUUGCUGCUGCCAUUGCCAUUCUUUCCCAAAAUCUAAGGUGCCCAUGUAUAUGCACAUAUGGAGAGUGGUGCAGGUUGCCUAUAUUCAUGUAUGCACAGGAAUGCAAGAUAGAUAAAGGAUCUUUUCUUCUUUGGUAAAGAUGAGUCUUGACUGUCUGCACUGCUGGCCCAUUGUUUCAUUUUUGAAAAGGGAAUAGUUCUCACAAAGGAUAUAAAGCCAUGUUUGGGCUAUAUUAUUUCAGAUGGUGAUUUGUAUGCCAUUUCCUCUGCAACCCCCCCCCCAAAUUUCCCUGCAUAUAGAAAACUGGCAUGUCUUGGAGAAGCCGAGUGUACGUUUCUUCUCUCUGGCUUCUACUUCUUAGUGUGAUUUGGGGGGGGAGGGAGUAAUGAGGAGUGUUCAGUCAUACAAGACCAUACCUCUGCAACCUGAAAUGAUACAGUCUAGACACCUGGACAGAGUGGACUUGUGAAUUAAAUCACUCAACCAACUUAGUAUAAGGACUAAGUGUUAAACUAGGAUUUGGGAGACACAGGCUCUGAUCCCCACUGUGCCAUGAAGCUCACAUGGCUACCUCAGAUCAGUCGUCCUCUGCCUAACCUACCUCAUAGGGUUAUUGUAAAGGUAAAAUGGAGGAGGGGAGACCUAUGUAUGUCACUCCUAGCUCCUUGCAGGAACGUGGAAUAAAAAUGUACCUAAUAAAUAAAAACGGAUCCCCUCCACCUCCCACAUGAAGCUGUUAAUCCUUAGAGGGAAAGAAAAGGAGGCUAGUCUUUGCCUUUGAGGGCUACUAAUAGUUCAGCACCCUGAUUCUAAUUGGCAGAACUGCUUGGAGGGAGUGCUAAACCCUCAUCUCCCUCCUCCUUGGCCUCAAAACAAAUUGGGGCCCUACAAUUUUUGUUUAAAAAAAAUUCUGGCAAGAUUUUGUGGAUCUCCCAAUGUCUUCCAAAGUCUUGUGUGUAAUAUAUAUAAUCUUUUUUCUACCCCAAACCAGUAGGCUUAGCUGUUGUGAUUGUGGCACAUGGUGAUUAUUUUUCUUGGUAAAGAAAAAAAACACAUCUGUCCACAAUACAUCCAGCUGAACUACCAUAGCAGGCAGGGUCCAGGGUGCAGAUAGAACAUCCCUGCUACCUCCACUGGUUCCUCCUGGCAUUCCUCUGUGUUGGAGACAGCCCACUUUGAUGCUCCCUGCUUGCAUUGCUUGAGAUGAAGGGAGGCAGCAGCACAGUAGGGCAAGGGGAUCACGACCUAGGACCAGCUUCUCUUCACAUCGUAGUCUUAGACAAACUGCUACCAUUCAUCCUCCUCCUUCCCCAUACAAUUGAGAUGGGGCUAAUAUUGCUGGCGUACCUUGAAAGUGGUUGUGAUGAAUUCAAAUGCUUUGAUCACCUGAAAUGUGCUAUGAAAACUGUAAAUGCUAAAUGUUAUCAUGGAUUACUACAUGCAGAAUGCUUGAAGUGGGCUGGAGUGAAGGAAGAAUAGCGCUUUACAGCACUCUGCAAGUCAACUCCCCUGGUUACCUUUACAUAAGUCCUCAUUUAAUGCAGAUGGUGCGGCUUAUGAUGAGGAUCUCUCCCUUCCUGCUACUGUUUUUUUAUAUAAUAGGAUAUUUCUAGAUUAUUCGCUUGUAGUGUUGAAACUUACCCAAUCCUUUUCUAAGCAACGCAACUGUUACUCUUUAUGCUGGUGCUAGCCAAAGUGUACCAUAUAUGAAAACAAGGGCUCUCUGCCCUUCUGGCAUUUGGCCUUGAUCAGCCAGUGUUAAGGGCUGCAGACGGGUGAUGAACAGUUUGCUGUCAAUGCCUUUGUUAUAUAUGAUGGAAGAAAAAGAUGCUAAAAUAAAACACUGAAAUUU